AUGUCAACCAUUUCACAUCAUAAAUUAAUAUCAACGGCCGGCAGUAAAUCGUGUCAAUCUCUUCACUUACCAAAACUCAUUCCUUGUGAUGCUCAACAGGCAUCAGUUGCUGAUGUGAAACGUACUCAUAUAAGCACCAACCAAAAUCAUCAUCAUCAUCAUAAACAUCAGAGACACCACCACCGAGGACAGCGUCAAAAUCCUCUUGAGAAAUUCAAGAAAAAACCAAGAACUUUCGGUCUUUAUCUGAUCACUACUACUACUACUACAAAGACAAAUCAACAGAAAAAGGCAUCAAAAUUACACAUUAGUCUAAAUUACAAGGUAUUACAUCAUAAGUAUGGCGUAGUAUUUCGAAACGCUUCGUCAUCAUCAUCCCCAUCACGAUCAUCAUCGUCGAUUCACUGUCAAUUAUUACCGAUUAAUUAUCUAAGAAACGACACUUCAGUGAGAGAUCACUUUCCACGUGAAAUUACCAUGGAUAGACUGCAGGCACUACUUUUGCCUAGUCCUAUGCAAAAACAAUCGCGGUUAACACAACUCCUGCCAAGCGCAACAGGUGAACAUGCGAAAUGGAAAUCUAUGGCAUCUUCUCUGCCGAGAAAAACCGUGAUGAAAUCACCAGAAUUACAAGCGUACAGUGAUCAGUAUCGAUGGGACAGCAGGCGAAAGCAAGAUAUCAUCAAGAUAUCAUCAUCAUCAUCGCCAUCACCAUUUUUAUCCUCAUCCCCGUUGAAUGGAAUUCCUUAUGAAGUGAGCCGUUUAAAAUUCUUUUACGAUUCAGUCUAUCAGUGUAAUUUCCCUGCAAUCAAGUACAUGCUGGAUCGUCAAGCAAAUCUAGUGCUGAAAGCGAUUGAACCGACUAGUGGAUAUUCUCUGCUACUCAUUGCCUUAUUAUACAUUCACUCGGCAGUGAAACGAAUAAAAUUGAUUAGAUUAUUUCUGAAAUAUUUAAAAAAAUAUCUACAUCAUAUUAUGUUGAAUGAUGAAAAUAUCAGUGAGAAUGGUAUCUGUGAACAAGUACUUCAAGCGAUUGAUCCUAUCCACGGACGUGACUGUAUUGCUUGGUCAUGUGUAUUAGGCUAUGCUAAAGAGUUUCGUCUACUAUUUACCCACUUAGUAACUAGUGUUAAUUUACAGAAACGAGAUUAUCAUGGGGAUACGUAUUUACACUUGGCUUUAAUAGGCGGUUCAUUAGAUAUUGUCAAUGAGAUAUGUCAAUAUGUCAGAAAGUAUUCUAUACCAAUCGAUAAAUACAUGAAUCAGUCUGGCAGUGAUCCGAUUCAUUUAGCUGCUGAGCUGAAAUUUGAUGCAGCAUUAGGCAUGUUAAAAAGCGAUGUCAGAUUGGUAAAAAAAAAUAGUGAUAACAGACAAUGCAAGAAGACGACAGGAUAA